AUGGCUCGGACUAAACAAACCGCUCGCAAAUCCACCGGAGGCAAAGCUCCUCGGAAGCAACUCGCCACCAAGGCUGCAAGAAAAUCAGCACCCACCACUGGUGGAGUCAAGAAACCUCAUCGUUACCGCCCCGGAACUGUUGCCCUUCGUGAAAUUCGGAAGUACCAGAAGAGCACUGAACUCUUGAUCCGUAAGCUGCCCUUCCAACGUCUUGUCCGUGAAAUUGCACAGGACUUCAAGACGGAUUUGAGGUUCCAGAGUCAUGCUGUUCUAGCACUUCAGGAAGCUGCAGAGGCUUACCUUGUUGGUUUGUUUGAGGAUACAAAUCUAUGUGCUAUUCAUGCCAGGAGGGUAACAAUCAUGCCUAAGGACAUCCAGCUUGCCAGGCGAAUCCGCGGUGAAAGAGCUUAGAUGUUCUGGUUUGUUUGUUCAUUAUAUUCUUUGUUCAUUUCGGUCAGUUGCCAUGUAUUUUACUGUUAGACUUACUAUGAGACUCUAAUCUGAACAUUGAUUUGCUUACUGAAACACUAAAUCCCUGUAC